CAAGCAGUGUCAACAAAAAACUGUCUUAAGGGGUGGAUCCGGUCCCUAGGGAGGGAGCUGGCUCAAGGUUGGUCCUGAGUCCAAGGGGAACCAGACGGUCUAGGACCAACUCUCUGGGCAUUGUGAUGGAGAUGGACCAGAAAUUAUAAGGAAUAUAAACGGCCGGCCAGGUAAUACACUGAGGUACGAGAACCAGGAAAGAAAACGGAACCGAUAGAAGAUGGCGUCCCAAGCACACAAGCCUCACAACUGCUCAGCAAGAGACCCUGCCUCCCCAAGAGCUCCGCCUACGGUUGCCAGGGUGACGCAGCCAAGAGGGUUAGUUUACGUCAUCUUGGGUUCCCAUGGCAACAGAGGCUGGCCUCUAGCUCUCGGUCAAAUUUCUAGCCCUUCGUCUCCAGGCAGAACACCGCAAACCAAGAGUGGACAACUCUCCCCUCCUCUCAGCACAUCAGAAGAUUCCACCCAGGAAUUUGGGGUCCCAUCUGGGAAGAUGACAAGGGUCAUAAAGCCUUUUGCUUCCAGCAUCUUGACAGGAAACUCAAGCUUCCGGAUUUUCCUUUUCCAUUUCAUGAGUUAGGAGUUCGUCAGAAGCCUUGUGUCUCUUCCAUUUGUGGAUAAACAUGCUUUGCUUGCAGGAACAAUUUUGACCCCUCACAAAGUUACAUUAUUAAGAAACUAAAGACACACCCAUGUAGGAAAGAUAAAACCCUAAGCAGCUAGGGUUGAGAGGAAGAGGACCAGGCACCUGGACCCUGGGAUCUGCAACUUCUCCAUUCGCCUAGAGCGCUGAAAAGGAGCCCCAGUCAUGAAGAGGUUUCUCCUGGCCACCUGUUUGGUGGCUGCACUGCUGUGGGAAGCAGGUGCAAUUCCAGCACACCAGGUCCCUGUCAAGACCAAAGGCAAACUUGUGUUCCCUGAACAGGAAACAGAGAAGGCCUGGGGUACCAGAGCCAUGGAGCCUCUUGAAAAGGACAACCAGCUGGGGCCACUGCUUCCUGUACCCAAGCAGAAGCUUGCAGCUGCUGAGGAGAAGCGUCCAGAUACCAUGACCUGGGUGGAGACUGAGGACAUCCUGAGCCGUCUUCGGAAUCCUCUUCAGGGUCCAGAACUGGAUCUUGACAGCAUAGACCAUCCGGUGUCUGAGGAUGUCCAGGAUGAAGAAGUUCCCCAGUCAUGGCCCAUCCUGUAUCGUCAGGUGCUGCAGGGACCAGAGGAGGACCUUGACCACAUCUCCCACUCUAUGGAGGACUCUUGAGAGCCCUAACCACUCUCCCACUCCUGUCCUGAGGUCUAGGCUGGUGUGACCACUGACUCUCCCCAGCUAGAAAAAAAAUAAUAAACACCUGGAAAUUGGUGGAAG